AUGGCUUUCCCAUCUUCAAAUGCACAAGCUGACGUAACGAAAAAGAUUUUGGAAGAUAUUCAGAUCAAAAAGCAGCUUCUUCAGAAGGGCGUGAGUCCAGUUACUCCGAAUAUUAGCGCAACUCCGGCUGGUUUGACGAUUCCGCAGUACGUUCAAGCUACUAGCCAAGCUCAAUCGAACCAACCGGUGGAGAGCACCAUUAACGCUACGACUAAGGCAGUUUACAACCAGGCCCUGAGCCAAUCUUACGGCUUCUUCAUUCCCCAAGAUUCGCUCUUCGGCAACAAUAUCAUUCCGGUACUUCCUCGAUUUGAAAACACGCCCUCUACUGGGGCCAGUUCGGGACCAGGUUCGGCUACAUCAACCGGUGCUAAAUAA